GCAUAUGGUGAACUUGACAAAGUACGUGAAGAGCUGGAACGAUCGCAAGCUACUCUUGGAAAGUCACAGCUUACGCAAGAAAAGAUUCAAAAUGCACUUGACAAAGCGCAAAAUGAAGUCGAUCACUUGCAAGAGAAGCUCGAUAAGAGUAUUGCAGAAGUCAGAAGGCUCCAACUAGAAAAAGAGAAAAUUAACUAUGAGUUCGAAAACAUACAAUCACAGCUUGACAAGCAACUUGGACAGUCGUCCAGAGUUCAGAAGGAGAGAGAAGCCGUUCAGAUGGACUUGGAGCGAUAUCGAGAUAAAGCGGACAAGCUUCAAGCAUCCAUAGGACGUCUACAAAAGGAACGAGACGUACUCUCUGAUGAACUAGAGAAGAUCAAAGAGAAAGCAGAAUCUUCACAAAGCUCCGCACUCAAAUAUCAACGAGAACGGGAUGCCAUCCAGACAGAGCUGGAGGUUGUUAAAGAGCGCUGGGAGAAGGCGCAUCAAGUUCAUCAGAAACUUCAAAUGGAACGAGACGACGCAGUCACAGAAAUCGAUAUCUUGAAAGAGAAACUCGACAAAGCUCUACAUGCUAGCCAGAAACUCAUUGAGGAGAAAGACAAUUCCAACAAAGAAUUUGAAAAGAUGUUGGAGAAAUAUGAUCGAUCGCAAAACGAAAUCUAUAGACUGCAAUCACGUUGCGAUACCGCCGAAGCUGACCGUAAUCGCCUCGAGGUCGAAGCAGAACGAUCUGCUUUGGCUGCUGCAAAGGCAAAAGAGGACCUCAGGAAACUUCAAGAAGAAACCACUCGGCUACAAGAAGCGUGUGAUCGUGCCGCAAUGCAGCUGGGCCGCUCUAAAGAGCUGGAAGAUAAAGCGAAGGAAGAUGUUGAUCUCAUUCGUGAACGACUUGAUAAGACCCAUGCUGAUCUUAGGCGAGCACAGGCCGAAAAAGAAAAUCUUCAAGCUGAAAUUGAACGACUCUCCUAUGAACUGGAUCGAGCUCAUAAUAGUUACACCAAGCAAACUGCAUCUCUCGAUGCAGCUCAAGAGGAAGCAGCACGGUAUAGUCUAGAGAUUGAAAAAAUGAGAGAACGGUAUGAAAAGACAGCCGCUGAAAUGCGACGCUUACAGGAGAAUGAAUCAUUUAGUAGAGAAUCGCGACGUAUGAAGGAAGAAAACGAUCGUCUUCGUGAGAAAUAUGAUAAGACAAUGAUGGAACUAGAGAACUACAGAAGUAAAUCCCAAUAUGAAGAAGAAUCGCUAGAAAAGUACAAACAGAAGUUCGAGUCACGUGAAAACGAAUUUCAGACCAUGGAGCUUAAACUCCAUGAAACUUCUUUACAAUUGGAACUGGCUCGCCAAGAAGUUCAGAAACUUAUCUCCAAUCAAGAUAAACAACGUACAGACGCUGAACGAGCCCAUAUCGAGUACGAGAAAAUCCGCGACAAACACGAGAAGCUCAUCAAAGAAAUGGAGCGAUUACGCCAAAACCCCGGAUCCACCGUCAGUCCUGGUACGCUUGCUGCUGCUUCAGUUGGUAUGGGUGAUAAGAAUGAAAUUGAAAGGCUGCGUGAUCGAUUGGAUAAGGUUCUACAAAGUCGAGACUCAACCGAAAUGGAAGCCGGACGUCUGGCAAAGGAACUUGAGAAAGCACAAUUACAUUUGGCUAAACAACAAGAAGCAUACGAAGCUACUAGAAUUGAGUUUGAACGUAUGUCUGCCGAACUCACGCGUGUUCUAGAGAGAUUGGAAAAAUCGGAAGCCGAAAAAGAAACGCUUCGACAAUCUACCAAGAUUUACGAAAAACAUCACCAGCAGCAUGCAAGUAACCAUAUCGAUCAUAACGUAAUGAAAAUGGAGGCUGACAAUAAGCAACUAAUGGCUGAGCGAGAUCAACUUGUAAUGCAACUUGAAAAGAGCCAAGACAUGUUGAUGAGCUUCCAGCAAGAACUAAAUGCUGCCGAACUAGAACUGCAAAGACAGUGUGAAGAAAAUAGGCGAUUAAAAAAUUCACCCCAAGGUCAUGUUCAAGCGCAACCUAAUCAACAAGAAAUUCAAAACUAUAAGAAAGAGAUUGCCCGGCUAAAGCAAAUGCUUCAAGAAACGGGAGCCAGAGGUGACAGUGAGCUUGAACAAUGGCGGAAGGUCGUUGAGCAAGAAAAGAAUCGUGCUGAUCAAGCGGAAAAGGCAGCUAUCGAACUUCAGAAGAGGAUGCAGGUUAUGGAACAGCAAUUGAAACAACAACUAUUGCAAAUGACUAAUAUGCAGAAGCAAAUGACUCAGCAGCAGCAACAGCAACAGCAGCCGGCUCAGCCACAGCAACCGCAAAUUAAUCCGAAAGAAAUGGAAAAGAUUCAGGAGGACCUAAAGACAGCUGUCACUCAACGUGAUCAGUUCCAAAAUCAACUGGAACUUUUGGUUCAGGAACUCGAGAAGAGUCAGAUGGAGGCUCAGGAAGCCGCAAAGAAAGCACAACAGCAAAAGCAGCAGCUUCAACAGAUGCAACAACAGAUACAGCAGCUGCAACAACAGUUACAGCAAGCCACACAAACAGCAACUCAAAAAGCAGCCCAGAGUGCUAGCAUCUCGGAACAAGACCGAAAACAGCUCGAAGCACAAAUGAAACAAAUCGAAGAUGCUACCCGAUUAUUGGAAAGCGAACGCAAGACAUUCGAAGACCAGCGCAAGGUUAUCGAAAACAAGCGAAAAGAACUGGAAGAAAAAGAAAAGAACCUGGUGGAAUUCGACAAGCAAUUGAAGAAGCGAAAAGAACAAAUGGACCAAUUAGAAAAGUCCCUACAGAAGGCUGGUGGAACAGCUGCAGCGGCCGGAGAAUUGAACAAACAGUUAACAGAAACUCAACAACAAUUGGACAAGAUUUCCAAAGAAUUGAACGACACCAAAGAAGAGGCUAGCCGAUCUGCUGCCGAAACGGAACGUUUACUCCAGUUGGUACAGAUGACACAGGAAGAACAAAACCAGAAAGAAAAAACUAUUAUGGAUCUACAACAAGCUUUAAAGAAUGCUCAAGCUAAACUGAAGACAGCACAAUCACAGCCUCAAGACGCUGGGCCAGCCGGUUUCCUGAAAAGCUUCUUCUAAGCAACAUAACGCUGGUUUUUUAGCGGUUUGGUCAAAAUGAAAAUCACCAGAUCUCUCCUUUGUCACUUAUCCAAGUAUUCAUUUUUCUUUUUGAGUUAAGUCCUUGAAUUUGUAUGAUUAUCUUGAAUUCUUAGCUUAUUUACUAUAAACACGUAUUGUUCCAGUGGAUUCAAUUCAACAACGGCUACUUUCUCAUUGCACGAAUCGUAAAUAAGACCGAUCAACAUCUUGUUCAUAAGCAAUAUAUCAUCUGUAAAAAUUGUAAGAACGUUUCGAUUUAGCGAGGUAAUUGUUGAAAAAUACAAACUAAUACAAACAAUGCUGCCAUAUUGAUAAAACUAAGUAAAUGAGAUAGAUAAAUUACAGAAAAAGUGAUAUUUACGUAGUCAGUAAAGCUAAUCACAACGUACUUAAACAGCGCAUGAGAAUUCGAGAUAGUCAUUGAAUUAUCCUUUAUUAAUAUAUAUAUUUAUUGUAUGAGGUAUACAUGCAGGUAACGUAUAUAUUUUUCUAUUUUUGCAUGCUACUAAUGAUCGUCCUGUUAGAAAUGGUCGUUUUUGAAUAUGAUCCACUUGAAUACCACGUUAAGUGAACCUAUUUCAUCAGAUCAAUUCAAAAAAAGAUAUGGGAUCACUUUUAUGAACAUUGUUUUUAAGUUUAAUCAGUAAUACAAAAUAAUUUGACUUCUCAUACACUCUAACGUAAACACUGAACAUUGAUUAGCGCAGUAACUAUCAUGUUUAUCAACUCACGCUUUCUCAGAACUCAGUUCUGUUGAUUCCCAUCUUUAUAGAGUACCACUGUGAAAAAAAACUAUCAAGCGACACAAUGCUCGCACUACAGGUGGAAAAGCGAAUGAAUUCGUAGCAUACACAUAACUCGCGAAAUCUUGAAGAAAAGUAAAGACAAAAUAUAGACAAUAAUCUAGUGAAGCCCUGUGUAAAAUAAUAAUCGUCAUUUGGUGAUGGAUAGAAAGCAUGCCGAUUGCCGUUUCCGAACGACAAAACGCGCAAAUCGCAGGGUCUUUCUGCUAUUGUCAAAUAGAGAACGAACAGUAUUGUAUUAUAUUCAAUACAACCGCGAUCACACUUUCACACAAUGAACUUGAUGUUAAGUAUUUUUCUUUCCAUAUCUUACCAAAACCUUCGCAUCUUUCCACAAAACCUGUAUUUUCUUGCUAGUCAAAUAGAAUGUUUUUGUAUUUUACACUAUCAACGCUCACGAUCUGCUUGGAAAUUGCACGCCAGUUCCUAAUCCAAAUCCACUAUAAGAAAUGUUUACGACGAACAGAAAAAACACACUCUCUUCACGUUUCUAUGUGCGUAAAAUACAAGAAAAUUUAACUCUCUCAAUCUUGAGCACAUUUCUGUCUAUCGUUUAAAAGUUACCAAUCAAUAAAACACACACAAAUACAAAAAACUGAGAAUGUAUGUACGUGUAUUAUUUAUGUCUAAUGAGCAUAGUUUAGUGAAGGGACAAGAAACCUACUACCAUCACAGCUGGAUUGAACUUACCGAUAUGAUAUUGAUAUUAGCAACGCAAUAUUUUAAAAGCGAACCAUACGCGAACAAAAGAAAUAAAAAGUAAAUACCUAUAUUUAAAACACAAAUUAUCAAAACUUAUGAAGGCAGCGUGGAGAAACUAUUACAAUACGUCGUUCAAGAAGUUAUUUUGUUAAGACUCUUGUUGUUACCUGAUUUAAAAUAAUUUAUUUGCUUCAUUAUACAGAAUUAAAUCUGUAGUAGAAAUCAGUUUUUACAGAUCCAAAAUAGUAGUUAUAUUAAAUCACAAACUGUUAUAAUUAACAAAAAAAAAAGAGCACAAAAUACUAUAAAUAGAAUCUUUAUUUGAAUUCAAUCACUCCAUAUUUAUCUAACACGGAAAAUAUGUUCAGUACCUUACUACGAUGAAUUUAGUGAGAAAACAUAAAGAUAAAUGAAAUAAUUAUUUAAUAAGACUUACUACCUGUGUCCAGCUUCUUAUCAUAAGACUGUAUUAAUAAAUAAAAAUACAGAAGAAGCAUAUUCCCUUCUCGACGGAACAAAUGAUAAUCUAGAUCGACCAAACGAAACAAAACGACGAUGUAUCCGAAGUAUUUAAUAUAUUAAAGUAUGCACUUGGAAACCGGUGGCUAUUUUGCGUUGUAUAUAUACAUAUAAAAACAUAAACCGAGCAAUUCCUUAUAUACAGCAGCAGACCGCUGAGAACCGUGAAAGUUUCACAAUAAUACGCAGCUAUAACAGGUGUACACAAUACUGCCCAUCGAUUUUAUUUCUGUUUACUUUAAAUCAACGAUGGUAGUAUGUUUCAAGCGGUACUAUCCUCGAAAACUUAUCCUAUUUGCAGCGGGUGAUGACAUGGGAUGGAAUCAGUUUAAUUCUGAACAAUCAUUUGCUAGAACUUCCUUAAAUGAUCGAUAAUAAAAGUUAGCCAACCUCACUCAGAAUGGAAAUAAGUGAUUAUUUACAGCAAAAGCAUUGUAAUGGUUUAUUUUUCAACCUUCGUUGAAUUAUGGCACCGAUAAAACUUUAGGUUCAUAUUAAAGCAUUUUAAUAAUAAACAUACUUCAUUUGAAUAAUAGAUUGUUUAACGUGUUUUCUAUUAUACCAAGCACAUUUUUUUAUCUAGUAAGUUUAUUUGGAAGGCUCAAUCGCGUUAGCUUUACUGAGCCGAUAAUUCAUUGUUCAUUGUUUGUAACAAAAUUCACCUCAUUCUAAGUCUAGUAGGAGUUGGGGCGAAUCAUCCAAGUUUCAAUUUUAACUAACGAAAUCAGGCAUACAUAUAUGUUUGCUUGCACACUGAGUUUUCUGCAAGUGUCAUAAAUUCUAACCAUUUGAAGGAGCUAUACUGCCGUUAUACGCAUAACUGUCCCAUUUUCUAUGCAAUCCUUAUGCACCGUGGGACUCUUAUGCGUAUAACGGCAGUAUAACAGUAAGUAAAUUAAAUCAAACUAUUAUCACGGCAGAAUUCCAGUAGUUGAAUUCAAAGUCUUUCGGGAGAAGCACAGCUACGCAGCUGUAAGUAUGAUUAAUUAACGGCAUUGAUUGACUGUAUAUGUAUCUUACUAGAAAUGGAUUGGUUGUACUUGCAACGCUACAGUUCGAAAAAGCAUGAUUAUACGAUCCUAUUUAGCUGUGAGAAUUUGGAAAUCAGUUAUGCCAUACUAUAAUUACACUUAUUUUUCUCUCUAUUCGGGACAUAAAUCCAAUGCGGUCGGUUAUUUGAUCUAUUCUGGUAUACCCUGUGUCCUAAGUUUAGUGCAUGUCGUAUUACUCCAUCACUAUUGAGAAAUGAUGAAGUAUUCGGUUUUGAUACAGUUGUCAUUCUUGCCUUUAUCGCAAGCAUCUGACUCUAAUUGAAAGGUCCCACUCUUUAUACCCUUCGGAGUGUUGGAACACGCUCACAGGUGUACCCCUUUGUCAGUCAAAAACGGACUCCUUCACAACAAAAUCAAGCAAUAACACCAAUAAUGACCAUGGAUUAAGCAGAAUCUUAGUCUUAACCACUUCAAACUAGAAAACAGAAAAUAAAUUUUAGGAAUCAUGUAGAUAACAAAUAACUACCUAACUAUUUUUUCCUUGUUUCAAGAUGAUCCUCGGUGUCCACCAAAGCCUUCUAUUGUCACUAUCAACAAGGCAUAAACAGUAAACAGUGUUCCUUUGAUUACAAAACAAUCCUAUUUCCCUAGUUUGAAGUAGUUUGAACUAGGCUCCGGUGGUAGAUCUGAAUGCCAAUAACGCCUUAAGGAAAGUCUAAUAUACCAGGUGCUACUGGGCUAAUUACACUUUAAUAGCAACGUAAAGCUACACUUCAAAAACUCUGAAUUGCACACGUCACAUAUUGAUGUAUUUGUAAACAAAAAUUUCAACAUAUUACAUUCAUAAAGAGAGAUAAUCAACCCUAUUCAUACCUUUCUUAAAGUUAUCCUUGCUCGCUUUUUACUCUCUAUGUGCAUUUUCACACUGCCGUACUCUAACGGAACUAUCAACUCUAUACUUCCAUCUACUGAUCUAUCGUAUAAAAUUGCCACUUUAAGUCUGUUAUUUGACGCUUAGCAUCUUCAACUACAUAUUUCAAAUACAUUAAACUAAACAUUUAAAUACUCCAAUCCAAAUCGGUUUAUAAACAUUGAAUUUUAAAAUCACAUGUGCUUUUAUGUGGAAGUAUACAAUUUAAUUUAAGUGCAUACAUUUUUCAUUGAAUAAAAAAAAAUCAACUCACUGUGGAAAACCAAAACCUCCACUUUCAGGCUUGUAACCCGACCACCUAACGAGUUUCCCGUUUUAGAAAAAAAACGCUUAAGUGCCACCGAGGGAGUCCAUCUAUCGAGACUAGGAUUGCCCGAUUGAAUGAGACCUUUCAUGGAAGGUCCUGUAUUUUUCCCAAGUGAAUGGGCGGGAAGCAAGUUGGCUGUAAAAAAUUACAGCAAUGCCCAGGACCAUUGAUUGUGAAAAUCAAAGAAAUUAAUUUAGCAGUCACAAAAACGAUUUCUGCUAAAGAUAAGUUGCUCUCGCGGAUUUUAUCAUCACGGACAGAUUUGCCAAAAACACUUCGAACGGGUGCCGUUCGAAUAGAGAGAUAUCCUGGUUGGUUUCAGGGCCAACUCCCUCAGUAAAAUACGGCAAAAAUCUAAAAAAAAAAACGACCGGGAACGUGAAAAUCCUUACAUUCACCUUUCUAGAUUCCUUCGAGAAAUAAUUUAAAAAAUCUUUUGAACGCUAGUGUAUUGGUUUAUUGAAAACGCAUUAUAUUCAGUUCAAACUACUUCAAGCAUAUUCAUCGUAGUUUAUUUCUGUAUUCCUAAUUUAUCGAUAUUUCUAAUUCUAGGCCUACCUAUCUCAAAUGCAUAUCUUCUUCUUCUCUCUUCUGGUAGUAAUUCAUGUAGUGUGCUGUGCGACGAAUGGUGUUUAUUUUGUGUGUGCUACAAACAACCUGUUUGGCGUUACCGGUGCUUGCACAGAUCGGAAAGGGUAACGGCUGAAUGAACAGCUGCCACGCCAGCGGUUAUGCUAUGCUAAUGGCUUUAACUCACCAUGCACAUGGGAAUUCAGUGAACAUGCAUGUUGACUCACUACUUGCGUGGAGGAAGUGGCGGUUGCUCGAUGAUGGCGACUGGUACCAUGGGUACUACACGUUACUCCCAAUGACGUUUAUAUAAGUCUGGGCCAACAGGCAGUUUGCUGGUGCCGUCACUGCCAACAGCUGUUUCGUGUAAAAAGAUAAACAUUGUAAUGAAUUCCGAAAACCACUACACAUUUGCACAUUUCACUAACACCAAUACGCCCUUUGGCCCAUACCUUGUAUAAAGGAAAUAGGGUUACUCCUACGAACUCCGAAACGAUGCUAAUGCGGACUGCACAAAGCCGAUGUCGUUCUCCAACACGCUGAUGCAGGAAAGCCUUUUGCUACCCUCUUCUGACCCUGACUAAUGUGCGUAAUGUGACGGGCUUCUUCGCAAAGCGGUAUAAAUCUGUUUACGAGAAAUGAUUUUAGACAUUUUAUAUCCCCCAGCAUGGUUUGUCAACUAGAAUCUUAUUUAUUGGCAAAAUCCAGCUUGCCGAUGUCAACAGUUAGUCAUUAGAAACUUUGUACAAUAUAUAAACACAUGUACGAGCUUUCAAAUAAUUUACAUACAAUCAUGAUGCAUUGAUUCAAUGAUCAAAUGCAAAUCUUACGCGUGAAGCAUAAUGGCACAUAUUUUUAAGUUGUGGAGAGGAUCUACUUCUCCUCUUCCUGACUUUGACGCUCUUAUGCCAGCUUUCACCUGCUCUCAACUUAUUGUCUCUUGCAGUACUUCCCCGGUUAUUAAUUGAGAGCUUUCUAGAGUAUUUGCUUGAAAUCUUAAUUGAAAAAUCAUAUCGAUAUAAAUCAUAACUCACUUCACAAUUGCAUAAAUGAGCAUUUUUUCCAGGACACAAAUUUCAAAGACAAACACAGUAGUCGAAGCUCAUACAAAACCUCUAAAAAUAAGGUUUUUAUUUUUGAUAUUUUAUAUUUUUGUUAGGUUUCUCACACAUUGAAUAACGUUUUAUCAAAAUUUCAUGAUUAUUGCAUAAUAUUUCCAUUUUUGACAACACUUUGAACAUUACUAAGUCAGCUGUUUUUGAGGGCAAUUUAAGGCUCACAACCCAAUUUGAUCACAAAAGCAUUCAUUUUGAAGGAGAGUAAAAACUAUUAUUCCCAAACUUGUACUAAAGGCUGCUCUAAACUAUGAAAAAAAAAAUCAUUAUAUAUGUUCAGUGGUGUGAAAUACCAAUAUUUUUUUGUAAAUGAAUUCUGUACAACAUACUGAAACAGAUCGAAAAGGUCACAUGCUAUAGAUUCUAUGGAAAAUCAUUUCUACUUUUCGAAUGUAUGGGUCCUAGUUUGCCUCUCGUUGCCCCAAAGAACUAAGACAUAUUAUUUAUUUUUUGAUCUUUUUUUGUUCCAAAUUCAAACUAAAUUUAAUUUAAUUUUAAUCUAGGUGCUCCAGCUACUACAGUAACUUACCAGUCUUAAUCAGAGUUGUGACCUAUCACAAUCACGAUCGUCAAACAGCUGUUGGUAGUAACGCUUAGUACAUUCCUAUCAAUGCAAUGUGCUUAUCGAAGUACUCUCCACGACCAUCCAUCAAGUUGACGAAAGAAGUAAAAAGCAACUGGUGAAUGUCGUCUUCGAUGGUGAUCUAUCACCGAUAUGGUCAUUCCCGACAAUCACGACACUCAUCUGUGCUCGUUUUGAACCAGUUGCUGCUUUGUUUGCUUAUGUGAGUGUGUUGGUGAGUGAGCCCAACAGCUUCCGUUUAAUUUUGCCAGCUUUGUUUGUAACUCACACAGUCGCGCGUGCCGAGACGAACUUGGAAUUCGUAGGCAUUGUUUUCAUUUUCUUCUGUCGUUUCGCUUUUUCUCAUCAUCGUUCUGCAGAAGUCUUCACUGUUUUCGAUGUGUUUUACAUCAUCAGCAGCGAGUGUUACGUUUUGCCUGUGAGUGACCAUUACUGGUGAACGUUCUGUCAGUGAAAGUCGGUUGAUGCGUUGACUAGUGUCGAGUGAGUGUUUAUUGAAUGGGAGAGUUGAACUUAAGUUUGUCUUAAAAAAUCACACCAAGCUAUUUAAUCUCCCGGCAUUAUCUAAAUUCCUAGCUGUAAUGAAUAACACAGUAUCAUCUGCAAAAAGAUUAAUGUCGCAAAAUCGGAAAACACGUCGCAAGUCAUUAAUAUACAUAAUAAAUAACAGGGGCCCUAAUACACUUUCCUGUGGCACUCCAACGUUAUUCCCUACGGGACUGGAAACAUAAUCAUUACAAACAGUCCGUUGAGUUCUGUCAGACAAAUAGCUUUCAAACCAUUUAUAUGCAGCACUCGUAAUUCCAAAGCGCUUGAUUAAUCUUGACAAUAAAGGCUUAGAAAUUGUUUCAAAAGCCCGUCUAAGAUCCAAAAAACAGCAACAAUCGUAUCUUUACACUCGAAGUUAUUGUUCCACUUCGUUUAUACCAAAUUCAAAGCAGUUUCACCAGAAUGACCUUCCCUAUAUCCCGAUUGCUCUGGUAUCAACAAACUAUUACUAUUUAAAUACUCCAACAUUUUCUCUAAUGUGUGCAACAUGUUGAUGGGACGAAACUCUUCGGCUUUAAUCGUUCCAGCAACUUUUUGAAUAGGAACCACUAGGGAUUCCUUCCAAAUUUGUGGCACAUGUCCAGUUUGCAAUGAUUCAUUAAUAAGGUCCAGCUAGAUGUGUUCAAUGACAUGAAAGCAAUCUUGAAUAACUUUAGCAUGAACAUUGUCUACUCUAGCCGAUUUUCCUAAUGCAAAACAAAUAACUCUAAGUUCAUCUAAUGUAAUUGGGUGGAAACCUUCAAACAUACAACUACUUUUUGUACCAUUUGUCCCUUUUCCGUUUAAGACGCAAAAGAUCCAAAUUGUACGAGUUGUUCGAGUUUUUUGAAAAAAACAAACUUUAGUUGAUUGGUAUACGUUUCAAAGCGUUUUUAAGAACAGCUGUAGAUUCAUCUAAGUUACCGGCCGCGAAUGAAAAAUCCACGCUCCUCUCAACAAGAUUCGAAACAGCCUGUUUUGAAUAUUUCCUCCAGCGCUUCAAUUUUACUAAUUCAUCGUUAUUAUUAAUAUUAUCUACUGCUUUAAUCACUAAGGUCUCAUGAUCCGUUAUUUUCAAAUCAUAUUCGUACCUGAACAAAUGGAAUCCAAAUUUGAAUAAACGUGGUCAAUUAAAGUUCUACUGUGGAAAAACAGCUAAACGCUUCAAAUGAUUUGAAUUAUAGUUACCAAGCCAAUAAAUAUUAAAAUUACCAGCUAAUAUAUUUAAUUUACUAGAAUCAAGGAAUGUCUCGAGUCAGUUCUCUAAAACUUCAACAAAACGCUGGUUACUAGAACUGGGAGAAUGAUACAAAACACUAUAAUUCCCAUAUUUAUGCCACGUACAACUGAAAUGCCCAAGAACCAGUUGCCAUCAAUAACUUCGAUGGUACGAAGGAUGAAUUGAACUGAUUCUUUGCUAUGCUAUUUAUUGAAACGGAAGCUGCUUUUCUUCUGAUCAAAAAGUCUUUUAUGGAGCAAACAUUCUGAGCUAAAUGCGCGAUGACUGUGCAGAGCAUGUUCACGCCAAAUAGCAAAUCGAUUGAACAAGACUUUAUUCGAUUUGAAUGAAAUUUUCCACAUUGUCUAUUGCUACCUGAUAUGUGUGUUGCUGAUAAAAUUUUUCUAUUAAUUGUUUUGAACUAAUUGUUUUGAAAAGCUUAAGUUAAAAAGAGCUAUUAUUUUUUCAAAAAAACAUAUUUAAAAAACGACCUGUUUAUUACGAUCGAACGUAUUAAAAGAAGUUGUGGGAUAGUAUCAUCAAUCCUAAAAAGUACAUUAAAACGCUGACUGAAGAGUUAUAACAUGUUAUAACGGUUGUCAAAUAAUUGCAACACAGAAACCACCAUCAAGAUAGCGCUAUAACAUGUUAUAACUCUGUAGUCUGAACGUACAAACGAAAAAUCCUUGUCAACUUUUGUUGGAAAGUAAAAUUGAUAAUUUCCUCCUACGAAUUUUAAAAUUAUUUUUGUGAAAAUCCCUGAAGUCAUGCCCUCAAAUUUGACGUACAGUGCUAGAUAAAAUGCUCAGAAAUGUUUUUUUUUUUACUUUUUCUUCUUGUAUACGUUUUUAAAAUAAAAUUAUACUAAAAAUGGAUUCUAUGCAUCAUUUUUAAUGAACCAACUUAUAUCAACAUUUUCCCUUUUUUUUUCCUUUGUUCGGGACAUAACACUACUGCGACCAGUAAUUUGAUCUAUUGUAGUAUAGCCCGUGUCCUUAGUUUAGUGCAUGUCGUAUUACUCCAUCACUAUUGAGAAAUGAUGAAGUAUUCGGUGUUGAUACAGUUGUCAUUCUUGCCUUCAUCGCAAGGAAUCGAUUCUAAAUGAAAGGUCCCGCUAUUUAUACCCUUCGGAGUGUUUGAAUACCCUCCAAAGGCGCACCCCUUUGUCAUUCGAAAUGGGAUUCCUUAGCAAUAAAAAUAAGCAAUGACACCGAUAAUGACCAUGCAUCAGAACCCUAGUCUCAACCACUUCAAACUAGAGAACAAUGAAUAGAAGAUUAGGAAUCACAUAGAUGAAGACUAACUAACUCAUUUUUUCCUUGUUUCAAGAUCAUCCUCGGUACAGGCAACCCGAGGACUUAUCACUAUCAACAAGGCAUAAAAAGGAACAAGGACUAAGAUGUGUUCCUUUUAUUGCUGAAAAAUCCUGUACCCCUAGUUUGAAGUAGUCAAGACUAAGAUUCGGUGGUAGAUCUUACAUCCCGUAACGUACCACGAAAAGGUGAUCUACGCACGUUACGGGGCAACAUUUUCCCUUAGUUCAUAUGUUCUCAAGCUAAUGUGAAUUAGUGGUUGGCAGUACCCUCUCAGAUUCCAAAUGACACUAACGGGUGUAAAGAAUUUGACUUAUUUGUUUCCAGAAAAAUCAUGACAAAUUUUUGAACAGCCCUUGAUGCCCUUUUUUAAAAAAUUCACAAUAACUUGAGAAAAGAUGAUCUCAGUAAACUAUUUGAGGGUACAACUUCAGCUUUCUUCUAACAAAAAUUGAUGGGCGGUUCUUUUGACAAAAUAAGCAAAGUGUUUUAAACACUAUUUUGCGGUGAUUUUCGUAUCAGUGUAUAUUUUUUCGCUUAGACCAUGUCUAUAACUUCAUUACUUUGUCAGACGUCAAUUUUAUCAAAUAUACUGUUUUCAAGUUAUGAUUUUUUAAUUAAAAUUCAGCCCAUUUUUUAAUGGAAAAUGUCAUCAUAGGUAGCCAUACAGAUAUAAACAAAGUUCACUCAAAUUUGAAAGGGUCGAAAAUAGUUAUUUUUAUCUUCAUUAUGGUAUAAGCCAAUUAAUAAAAUAGACUGAAAAAAAUACAGAUCAUCAAACUUGAAAUAAUGAGAAUAUCUCUGCAUAACUUCAUCAUGCCAUCGGGUUCCUUUUAGCAUUGGCUUUGUUUUUUCUUUAUUUAUUUUUCUGAGUCACUGGAUGAAUUGGCAAACACGCAGACCUUCAAAAUACCAUUAGUUAUUUGUCAAAAUAAUGUUUCAUGCGAUUUUAUGCUCCCUCAUUUAAACUAUUGCCUAUCAUUGUACCUAACAACAAAGAAGUGGCUGUUGUUUAAUUUAUAAUAUUCACAUUAACACAUUUAAGGUUAUCUGUGACUUAACAGCAUAUAACUGUAUCUAAAGUAAUGUUCAAGAAUUAUGUUUGCUUAGUUUAAUCCGAUCCAAUGGGAAAUCAACUUAGAUCAAACCACCUUGCACCAUGUUUUGCUUGUUCAAAUGUAAAACAAAACAAUGUUAUUUAGACAUUGCCAUAUAUUCUGUCAUCAUCAUUGCUCAAGUAAAAGCAUUUUUCCUUGUUUCAAGAUCAUCAUCGAUGGUCAACUCGUCGUUAACGUAACAAGAACUAAGAUGUGUUCCUUUGAUUACUGAAAAAUCCUGUUCCCCUUGUACAAGCAUGGGAAAAUGCAUUCAAUCGCGCGAGCACCACAGAAACUAAAUAGCCAUCCUCACCUACAAACAGAUUGCUGAACGAGUGUAAAUUCUUCCAAGCAAGUGACUGCAGGUAGACCAAGUGCCCAUGCUCUACCUAUUCCAUGCAUUUUGGAAAUUCCAAAAUCCAAUUUUGAUCUUGACGUGUUUGGUCUAGUAAACAGUUUUUCUUCUUAUUAUUCUCCGUCUUCUACUUCUUCUUCUGCUUCUUCUUAUUCUUCGUAAUUCAAGCUUAUUGCUUAUCAUAUAUUAGCUUAUUGCGUGCUCUCAAUUUAGUGUUUUACACACUUUGAUUUUUCUACCGAGUUCGGCUGUGCAAAUCUCGGCAAAACUAAGUUUCACUGUGUCAAAAGUGACAUUUGAUUACUGAGCCUCGGAUAAUGCUUAGCUGAAUCUCAGCAAACAUAAGAAAUGUUUGCUGAGAUCCCAGUAAAACUUGUUUUGUCGAAAUUUGCACAGCCGAGCUCGGUAGAAAAAAGUAAGUGUGUAGUUGCACUUUCACAGUUAUUGAUUGAGAGGUUUCGAUGCCUGUACCAUUUUUGCAUUAGUAUAAUUAUGUGGCAAGUACAAUAAUACUAUAUAUUCCCAAGGAAGUCGAGAAAUUUUCCCGAAAAUUUCCUUGAACCCAGUCACCUUCAGCAUGGUCUUGCUUUGUAGCUGCACCUUUACCGACGGAGGCCCCGUCUGACCCCGUUACAGUGCACAUGACAUUGCUCGAAAUGUUGUUAUUGCCGUUUCAGGGAAAAUAAUUCGACGCAACUGACAGCCAUACCAUUUUGUCAUCUUCAAAUCUUGAGUGAUAUAAAAACCAAAAGCAAACAAUGUUCUGGAAGCUAGCUCGGAGCUCUCAGUGUAUGGAUGGAAUGGCUAGUAGAACUGUUUGAACUGCGUCUUUGGAUGAUUGUUCGAUAUCUCCGACCUAUUCUCACGAUCCAAGUCGAGGUAGAAUCAGCGGUCAUUAAAUUGGUUUCCUUCCCUAUAGGGAUCUGUAUACAGAAUUUGCAGGAACGUUGAAAUAUGCCAGAACAUCACGCUCCCAUAACACCGAGGCCUUUUCAGAUUUGCGUACACGGCCGAUAGUCAAACCCCUUCGAUAUCGUUUGCGAGAUCAACGAAGGGGAAGAUACCAUUCGCUAACUCCGAAAUUCCUCAAGUGUUGUUACCAAUUCUAUGAUUAAAUCAAAAUUAGUUUUUGUCAUUGUGGUUUGUUUUGGUCGUUUUAUUCCCUCAAGUGCGUAUGUUGCUUUGAUAGUGCCCGAUGAGAUAAUUCCAAUGCUGUACUCCCAAUAAAUGUAUUUGAGCAUUUCCUUGGCUAUAUAUAGACUCGGAACUGACUACGGAAGGGACAGCAAAUUGUCUCACUAUAGGAUUGGACAAGUAUGACAGUACCCUCUUAAGUGGGUCAUACAUUUAUAGUCCUUAACAAACGGUAAAAGUUAGUCCUUGGAGCCGUAAACGUCGAAAUAUUUUAUCGAAAUCUGAGGUCUUACUUCUAAGUGUGAGGUUAUUGAGAAUAUACAAUCAAUAUUUGACAAGGAUUUUUUUUUUUUGCAAUUGGAGGAACUUUGUAAUGUGAUCAUAUUUUCAAUAUCAACGUUAAGUUUUCAUUAAUUUGUUUACCUUAAGAUUACCAUUGAACAGAUCCACGCCAUAUUGGUAAUGGGCCAGAUACGAGUUUCUCUAAUUUGGAUGAUAAUUAAAAUAAACUUUCGGUAAAUCAUGUUGAUUUCUAAAAUAAAAUUAAUAAACUGGAUGUUUUCUCUUCAUCGUAAAUCUAUUGAAAAUCUCUCAAAUCCUUGAGUUUUGUUAUAAUUUCUUAAUGGGACAUUUAUUUUUUAAUGAAUGAUUUUUGUAAUUUGUAAAAUAGAUUUCAUACAAUUUGUUAUCACACGCCAAAAUCAAUGACUAUUGAGCUGAAGUUAUUAUCAAUUAUGGAUAUACGCUUUAAAAAAAAAAAACUAAAAGGGACGUAGGACUACGUGGUCUUAUAUAAUAGAUCUUAUUUUUUAACUGCAGCAGGAGCUUGUAUUUUGUGUAGGAAUAGUAAUUUGAGCGGGGUUCUCUCUGUUUAUACUCUUUAGUAUGACGCGCUUGGCAUAGAUGGCCCACAGAAACUCACGAAGAGCUACUAAUUCCGAGCAAUAGCGGUGCGGCUUCCUCUUCCUUAUAUGGAUGCUCAUGUGGGCUGCAGCUCGCUGCAUGCAGGCAGCUUUUCGUUGUCUACUGGAGAACAACGCCACGUGCCGAAAGCACUGCUGCUGCUGAUGCCGACGACCGGAUAUCACCACACACGAUAAUUCGAACUGAAUCCGAUCAGCGGUUGAGGUCCGCCUUGAUCGCAAGCAGCUUGCGGGGAACCUUUCGUUGUGUACCGGAGAACACCACCACUCACCACGCGAUUAUUGAAUAAACACCGUUUGGUGAGACCGGAUAGAAUUCAACUUUGAAAUCUGUGUUAGGGAAAUCGCUUUUCGCAGGUAAUCGGUGAUAAUUUUAAUUAUCAUAGCAACAGUUGCACAUCCGUGAAUUUUUCCAUAGUGACGUUUUAAAAAAUGAUAAAGCCUUGAAUCAAGCAGAUGCGUAGGAAUAUUUCUGAUCGAUUGGUGAUAAAAUUAUUGAAAUUGGUCCAGGGGCAGCUGAGUUAUUAACGUUCAAAAUCUUUCAUAAUUUUGUUACAUGUUCCAUUUUCGGUUUUCACAAAGUGUAUCCCCAUAUAGAAAUCAAAGACGUAGUCCUACGUCAAAAUAACAUUGGAGUCAAAAUGGCCUACCUACUUUUUGAAAGCUAAUCAUCCUAUCCAACUUUCAAUGAAUUUGGAGGAAUUUGGCAAGAUUUUAACUUCUACUGGCAAGUUUCAUGUGGAACUGCUUUAUUACACAUUUAAGCUUUGAUAAAGAGAAAAGAUUAACUAAUCAUCGUCUUAAUUAGAGUUGGUGUUUAAUGAGUCACGCCAGGAGUGAAGCCAAGUCUAUUGAACUGUCAAACCGGCUACCUAUCGUGAAAAGCAAACAAACAUUACGAUGCUAUGAAAGCUCCACGAAAGUUAUUGCAAUAAAAUAUAAACUGUAUUCGAAUAAAUAAUCAUAAUCACGCAGUGAGCUUUAAAUUGGCAUGGGAUACAAUGGGUAAUGAUCAGUAAUGAGAAUCUGUAAUAUUUGUUUUUAAGAUAAUUUGACAAUUUCACUGAUAUAAUGAUUUACUUCUGCCUCUAAUUCGUUUUCUCACUAAAAGUAAUUUGAAGUUGAUGCAGAAGUCCUCUGUUGCCAAGAGAAAGCGAAGGAAAUCUUCUGAAAACCAUAAUGCGAGCUCCACCGUUUUUCUCUUGACGGGACUAUUAUACAAAGACUCUAGACCUAAUAAAAAAAAACUCCAUAUUUUUUUAAUCAAGAUAAGGAAAACUUCACACACUCUGCUCAAGUGCGUUGAUGUUAAUUCAUUUCAGCUAGGAUAUGUGUACCAGUAAUUGUUCUUAUGAUAGUUUAUUUCAAUUAUAGCUUAUAGGAAUUCCAUAGGUAAUAAUUGAAACACACCAUAAUAGAAACGUAUAGCCAUAAGUGGUGUACCUACACCGGUAAUUGAUGGUUAUUGGGUUUUCCAAUCCAAAAAGUUUGCAACGAGCUUCGAUGGUGGUGUAUCAUAUCACGAGACUAAAUUAAAAGCCUUUAAAAAAGUUAAUUUGUUCACUGAUUCUACACAAAUAUUAUUAUGUCUUAUAGUCGAAUAAAUUAGCAUUUAAAACUCGUCUCCCACCUAUUGAUGUAUGGCUUCAAUUGCUACAAAAAGGGCAUCUAAUAAAAUAUCGUCUUGUCAUUUUUUGUUCCGUAGUACCUAGAUUGCACUGCUUAAAAAAUAUCACGUUGCUUAGAAAUACGUUCAAUAUAUUAAUUUCUUUUGCUGAUUCAUCAAACCGACAAAUUAUUCAAAAAAAAAUAUCAUAGAUAUGUGACACGAAUCACUAACAGUCACACUUUGCUCAAACGGAACGAUACAAAUCAUUAAAGGAAUGAACCAUUUGAACUAGGCAAAACAUGUUUGGAAAAGUUUCACACAAACACAUUUCAAAUCCGUAUUUCAAAGAAACUAUAAAUCAAUCACCGAAACAAACAGACAACCUUUAUUCCCUUAACCAAACUUUUAUAUUUCAAUCCUUAAUAUAUUAGCAAAAGUGAAAAUAUGUGGACAAUGGACCAUUACUAAAGUAAAUAAAAUAGCAUCUCAUAAAUACAAAUUGUUGUUGAAAAUACAAUCAUCUAUGUUCAUCGAGAACAACGUGGAAUCAUGAACAUAAACAAUUUCGCACAUAUUGAAUCGCGUGAAUCCGUCAAAUAAUUGAAAACAAACGAAAAAUUUAUCUAUGUUCAUUUCAAAGCGUAUCUAUAAAACACUACAUAGGAACAUUCGCGAAACACAAAGGAAUCAGCCACAACUGUUAAAAGAAGAUUCCAUAAAGAUGUAACAUUAUUUCGAAUAGUACGGAUAAUCUAAAAUCACGUUUAUUUUAACAGUGAAGAAAUUUAUAUAAUGUAGAAUAUUUUAUUUCUUUCACAUAUCUCGAAAAUCACGAUUAUAAGAUAUACUAAGAUAAUAAACUAAGAGCGCAUUAAAUCUGGUUUAGAGAGAAACAAAACCUGCAAAUACGCUAACUGUAAAAUUACCAAUUAAGUAGUUAACUAUAUUUGAAACAAUUCAACCCUACAGCGCAGCUUACAAUAACAGCAUCGCUGGCUGAUUCCUAUACAGACUAUCCAGCAUUUUAAAUAUUGUACUUUACAAUGUUACUAUCAAUUGAGCUGAAAUUUUGAGAAAAAAAAAACUAACACUGUUUUGUGUUCUACAUGUUUUUGUUUCAAAAACUUGCUAAAAUAUGAAAUGGUAAAUUUAUCUUAACAGUACCAGUUUUUGACUCGUUAAUUUUCGUACCUGUACUUUCCCGUUGUUUGCUAGAAAUAUCAUCUAUUCUAGUAAAAUAUUUAAAUUCAUCAUUAUUUCGUACAAUUUUACCUAGGAGCUCACUAUUAUGUAAAACAUCGAUAUAACGCAAAUGCUGUAUCCUAGACAUAAAAAGGCCAUGCCAAAAAUUCAGGUCAAUUGAUAACAACAGAACAAAAUUACAUAGUGUUAAAGUUGACUAAUUUGUAAGUAAUCUAGCCUUCGCUGCUAUUAUUUAGCACUGUAUAUGGUCGUAUCAAAAACGAUAAAACAAGAAAAUUUGAUAUUUGGAUAUUGCAUCGCAAAAAAAUAACAAUCUGUAUAGAAUAGAACGAAAAUGAGUAGAAAGUGCACAUAGUCGGAAAAUGAAGCAGGUAAGGGGAUAAAUUAGACAAAUCAGAUAAAUACCAAAACCCUAAGAGAAAGUUUAACCGAUCCGAUUACUCUGAGUUCAACAAACAGCAGGUGCAGAAGGACAUUAAUCGGUACUCAAACGCAAAUGUAAAUCAAAGGAAACUUACACAAACUGAUCGACGCUACUUGGUGUGUGCAAAUA